GUCUUUUUGAUGCCAUUGCACCGAAUGGAAAGUUCUACUACAAGUUGUUUCGAUAGCGUGGGAGGUAUAGAGUCAAUCCACUUGACUACAUUUUUUAUUGGUAAAGAUCACAUUUGAAGGUUCUUGCUCUGCUGUUGACAUGAGCCAUCUUUGAAAGGUGGGGGAACCAUAGACUUGACGCCAUCUUUUAUUUUGUUUGCAGGACCUGAUGUACCCUCCAUCCAUCCCCAGUAGCCAUGUCAUCUUCUGCCAUAUGCCAAAACUUCGUCCAGAACGCCUGGAAGAAAGAACUCUGCUCCAACUGCUUCAAGUCCAAAGAUGAGCACUCGGCCAAACCAAAACCUAAACCUGUUCAACUUAUUUCCACUAAAGAAGUUAUCGGCAUCAUCAGAAAUGGGGAUCGGAGCAGACCUAAGAUGUCCGUUUGUUUUUUGAAAGAGCUUACAGAAGUCAUAGGUUAUGGUGGGGAUGACUGGUACUCAGACACUGAAGAUGAAGUUGAUGAAAACGAAAGCAGUAGCGAUGGUUACAUUUCAACAGAUUCAGAAGGUGAAGAAUGCCAUGAAGAAUUGAAGAAGAUUACUAAAGCAAACACAGACUUCAACACAACAUCUUUAGGAGACACUGAACCAAAAAGAUCUUUCACCCAGCUCCUCCUGGGCAAACCACUGGUAGAUUCUUCAGGCAAAAAACAAACCCUGUUAGUAUCUGUAACUCCAUUUGGUGAGGAACCAUCUUCUCCAGUCAGAAAAUCAAAUACAAAAUCCUUCUCGCAUAUACCAAUAGCCAAAAACAAAGAAGUGAUUGCAGAAAACAAAAAUAGCAACGUAGUUUUGACUUCAUACACGAAAAAUGAAGAAAAGGAAGAAAAGUCGUUAUUAGAUGAAAUAAAUGAGACUUUGGAGAGUGGCAGAAAUCCAAUAAGUAUUAUGAGUAAGAAGAAGAAAAUUGAGAAAGAGAUUGUGUUGAGUGUUAGUGAACUCGAUAAGGAGAAUUUAGUGCAAGAAAGAGAUAAGAAUGAUGAUGAGAUUGAAGAAGGAAGAGUUCAAAAGGUGGUUGUCAGCGAGAAGAAGAUCAACCUAACUAGAACGCCAGCUCUGAAACGAGACGUGGAAAAACCUGUGAUCUACCAAACAUCCACUGCUAAAAUCGAACUGAUGAACAGCAGGAAUCUGAAACUAAAUAAAGAGACAACCAACAACAAAGCUAAGAAUGACAGCACUUUACACAUAAGCAAAAAUGAAGUGAACAACAAUACGACUAGUGAGAAUAAAGAAAUAAAGAAAGAGGUUGUUGAAGUAACGAAGACUAAAGAGAAGAAAGAUGAAAUUAACGCAAAUGUAGCUGAAAAAGGCGAAAGUGUGAAAGAGGAUAAAUUGGCUGCGUUGCCACCUCCAGUACCUGCAAAAAGUUCGUUGGUCUUCACUCAAAGCAGGGAACAAGCUGGCAAACCGGAUGGUCGCGAAGACCCCCUCUCUUCAGAAGUACCCCCUUUACCUGUAACUCCUCCUCCAGUACUAGAAACUCAAACUUCCUUCCUCCAUGGACCUGCCCCCAAUCCCCCAAUCUAUGAGAAACCUAAAAUUCCCGUCAAACCCGCUGCUAAUAUGCUGAUCAGAAAGCCUCAGAUUGCUCUGAGCACCUUCUCUUCUGAUCCCGUGGAGAAACAGCCCCUGACCAAGCAGGAUUCAGGAGAGUUGGAUGGAAAGUCUGGCAAGAGGAAAGCACCUAUGCCUCCUGACGAUGGACAAGGACCAAUAUACACAAGAAACAACAAUGCAUUGACCAGCACGGACGGACCAGUAGUCAAAGAAAAGGAUAAGAGAGAUAGAGCCUCUUCUUGUGCUCCCAAACUGACUGCAAGUUUGGAUGAAGUAGAUUACGCUUCGCCUGAACCGGCUCCUAGAAAGUCUCUGUCUAUCUCGACCGAUUGUCUGGCUACUGAAGAAAAACGGAAACAAAAAGCCAGGUUUUCACUGAAGAAAUUCUUGCGAAUGGGUUCCAGCAAAGACGUAUCCAAGCUUGGACAAGACGAAACUACUAAGACUGACGAGAAGUCUGAAUCCCAGUCCAACUCAAAGCCUAGAUUAGUUAUUGUACAUCCUAGUGAAUUAAAUGGAAGCAAGGUGGAAGUAGUCGCAACUCCCGUAGGCUUAACCCCGCCCAAAUCACCCUUAGCCCCUCCCACUCCAACGUCCGCACCUCCCUCACCAACCAAUCACGACUACGCCUCUGCCGAUAUGGGUGGCGACUACGAAAGUUACGCCCUCAGUGCUCCGCCCAAGCCGGCCGUUACGAAACCCCCUCCACCUCCGAGAAACUUAGAGGCGGGACAUGCUGUUCGACCGCCUCCAAAAUCGUUCGAUGUGCUCAGCAGGCAGAGGCAGAGAGCAGGGUCGGAGCACGCUGUAAAGAAAACAGAGACUGUGUACGCGAACAUCGGGGAAGUUAGAUCAGCAAUAGUCCCGAACAAACCAGUGCGGACAGCUAGCAUGAGAGAAAGGGAGGCCAUGCAACAAAAACAGAUGAGAAAAGCCAAUCACAACUACGAACCGAUAAACAUCAGAGGCAAGGAUAGUACCGAAAACGUGUAUGACUACAUCAACUCUACGAGAUCCAGUUCACCGGAUAGUGAUUCUAGCAGAGGGAAGGGCAGUCCUAAGGCUAAGAAUAUGAGAUUAGGAAAGAGAUCGGAGAGCAGCAUAGACGUAUCCAGCGAAUACUUCAAAUAUGGUGGCAUCCCCCGUAGCAUGUCCCUAACCUACUGUGGUAGUGAGACCGAAUCCGAAAUCUACUCCCCAUACGGUUUCUAUGGAAGUGAAAGUGAGGUCACCGAAGAUGAUCAUGACUGGAUUCAGAAUGGGCGGACGCACAAAUUGAGGUCGCGUAAGGGUAGGAGUAUCGUUCAUAAGAAUUUGGAGGAUAACUAUGGAGCCGUGGUGGUUGCUAACCAUGAAGCACUGGCGCAGGUUUUGGAAAAUAUCCAACAAUCAUCACACGUCCAACCAGCCCUACGCGGCCUCAAAACAGCCCCUAGUCUCCGUUGGUCCGACUUCUCCGUAGUCUCCGGUCCCAAUUCGCCCGUUCUCGCAGGCCACCGGGCCUUCCAUCAAUCAUUGUGGGGCACAGCUGGGCAUCACGUGACGCUGUGCGUGGACACUGGAGCGACCGCUGGGGCAAAAGGGGCUUUAGCGUUAGGAGCGUUCGCUGUGCAAGCUGUGACUGAGUUUAGCGAUUUGGUGCCUGAGAGGUGUUUGGCGAAGGGGAAAGGGGAGGAUGUUUUGGUUCAAGCUACAAUAUCAGUGUUACCAUGGCUACAAAUCCACACGUUCCAGUCGUACAGCGAUUACCUUAAAUCGAAAUUCCAGAACCCCGAUGAGGCGUGGAAAGACUCAAACUUCGUUAUGCUACAAUUAGUGAACGCACUGAAGAUCUUACAAGCACAAGGCAUUGAAGAGUUACCUGUUUCGCUCAGUUGUUUUGUACUGUGUAAAGAGAUGGAAAAAGAUAAUCAUCAUAGGUUAUGCGUUUUACAGCCCGAUUUGACAACAGACACUGAUCCAGAAAAGCACGCCACACUAUGCGCAUGCGCUUUAAAGGCACUGAAUCUCCUUCAGACGUCACCCAAGAUCUCGUGUUUACUACAGUCGCUAUUAGGUCACGAAAGGGCUGUGUCACUGACACAAGUCAAAAGCGUGUUAGAAUUCACGUUAUGGGGACCUUCGGAUGUAGCUUUAGGAAGCACAGUUAGGGAAAGGGAACUGGCAUUACAGAGUGGAAGUAACGCGAUCCUACUUGGCAAAAUUAUUAACCUGUGGAUGGUCCUGGAGCUGUCGCAUACGCCAGAAAAAACCAACUAAACAGUGCCACCUGUUGGCGAACUACUGACUCUAGGAUCUCUAGAACAUCCCUCGAAUACCAGUCAGCGUGGCUGGACUUACAAAGAGCUACAGUUCUUCAUGGACUAGUUUGCGCCAGAGUUCAACUAACAGUCUACGAAGAAUGCCACCUUACCUUCUUGGUUAGAAGCAACGCCAGAAUGAUGAGUGACGCAUCUUUACUCAUUGAGUCAAGCAAUAUGAAGCAUGCAGUUACCAAUGGACAUAAAUAGAUUACUCUUCAAAUCCAUACUUUUCAUUUUCACUAUUUUGGGAAAAUCUCAGAACGUAUGCCUUGAAUCUCAAAUGGCUUCAGUGAGAAAUAGUACAUUACAUAUGUGGGUUGAGAAAUUUGCGAAGUCUAUUGCGUGAAUGAAGCUAGAAUGUUUAAACAAUCUUGAACAACAAAAAUGCUACCUUUUCAGGAGAGAAGCAACAAGAAUAGAUGGAUAUAUUUUGUGGUCACGAUGCUUACAUCUCCUAUGGGUGGAAGGAGUAAUUUUUAUAUGAAUGUCCGCCAAACAUUGCUAAAUGAGUUGAAAAAUAUGUUAACGCGAAUCUCGGAUAUAUCAUUCACUAACCGGAACGGAAUAAAGCACGUAUUUUCAGAAAAUCAUAGCGGUUCGUGUAUAAAUUCACGUAGAUACUAGAUAGAACCACAUCCACUUUUCCGAGAUAAAAAUGACUUUAUGGAAAUCUUAUUACCUUAUAGAAUCAAAGUCAACUUAAUCAACUUGUCAAAAAAAAGUAUUAUACGCUUUAUGGGGUAUGGCUCCCAUGUUUACCAAGAAAAUCAUCCAUCAAUUAUUAGUCGUAUUAUGUAUUGGCAGUAUUCUUGAUAAUUAUUCAUUUCAACAUAUUUGAAGCAGCUUAAAUAAAAGCUAAAAUAGCAAAAAAGUGAAAAAGAGGGCCAUGAUUGAGAUUCGAACUGACUCCUAAAUGGACGUACAUGAUUUGCCCACUUAGCAUUACCACUCAGCAAAUAAUGAUUCAGUCGUUACGUUUCAAAAGCGAAUACUUGCAGAUUCAGUUUUGCGUAUGUAAAGUAUUUCUUUUUUUUUCCUUUUUUCGUCAUGUUUCUAGUAAGUACGUUUGUAAGCCAAUUCAAAUAGAAAAUGAAGCAUUUUAUAAAAAAAAAACCGUAAAAAUCAAAAUUUCCUCCCAAAUUCGGCGUACUGCGAGUGUUAAAAAUCAAUAAUUGGUUGCCAUGACAAUAGUCCACAAUUAUCCCCUAAAAUUUCAAAAAUGCGGGUCUGAUUUUUUCCCCGAUAAAUCUGCUGAUCGAGUCAUAUUUAUAUGAAAUAGCAUCAAGCUUUAUUUAGGAUUUAGAUAAUCUUAAAUAUGAGGCAUUUAUAUCCUAGAAGAUUGAACCUAGGGUCAUCUACUUUAAUCCUAAGUCUUUAUAUCCGUAAAGACAAAUCCAAAUCUUAAUCUAAUCCUUUACUUGGAGAACUGGCUCAUCCUGUUAAGAAAAUAAUCCUAAGUGUUCAUAUAGGGAAUUUUGAAUCCUGAGCCUGAAAUUAUCUUACAUAAAUCCUCGAUAUAUACAUAGUCAUUAAUGAUGAUUUUUCAGGUUACGAUCAAGAAAAAAGGAAUUCAUGUGUGCUUUCUGUGAUUUUUUCAAAAUUAUUCUUCAUACUCACCUAGGUUGUGGAAAAAGGAGCAAUAACCACUUAUAUCUCGAUAACACUAAUAUUUUUCUUGAAUACGUAUUAACAUUUACCUCUUUUAUAAUGUACUUACAUAUGCAAUUUAGUUGUAUCAUUAUCGUAAUUGUCCGUUUUUAUACACUUUUCUACAUGUUUGCGUCUGUUUGUUAUUUUUUUUUGUAAAUACUCGUCAAAACUGCCAAUGUAAUAUACGUAGGAUAAUUUAAUAUUUAUUAGUUUUUAAUUUUUUGUAAAUGAAAUAUACAGUUUACUGAAAGCGUUAAUAUAUUUUGUAAAUAAAUAAAGAUCACAAUGAAAUUGUUUAAUAUUUUUACAAAAUAUUCAUAAGUCAACAAUAAACGAU